CCAAUAUGGCGGCGAGCAUUCACGUAGAUUGAAGAGGAGUAAUGAAGAGUCGCUCGUCUGCAGAAGGGAAAGGGAUGUUACUGAAGUUUCAGAAUCAUCACACAAAUUAAAACAUGAAAAAUGGAUUACACUGGUGCCUGAACAAGAGAGAGACUUUUCUAUUAAACCCACUGUAGCUUAUGGUUUUCUUAAAGCUCUGUGUGUCCGAGCAGUUGGGUGAAGAGUCAUGAAUCGCAAGAAAGACAAGGGCUUUGAGAGCCCACGACCAUACAAAUUGACCCAUCAGGUUGUCUGCAUCAACAACAUCAAUUUUCAGAGGAAAUCUGUUAUUGGCUAUGUGGAGCUGACCAUCUUUCCUACGGUGGUGAAUUUGAAUCGGAUCAAGCUAAACAGCAAGCAGUGUCGAAUCUACAGGGUGAGAGUGAAUGACCUUGAAGCACCUUUCAUUUACAAUGACCCCACGCUGGAGGUCUGCCAUCAUGAGUCCAAACAGAGAAACCUCAACUACUUUUCCAGCGCUUACACAGCAGCAGUUAGUGCUGUGGACCCAGAUGCUGGGAAUGGCGAGCUUUCCAUUAAAGUUCCAUCCGAGCUCUGGAAACAGGGAGAUGAAAUGAAAGUUCUCAAAGUGUACAUUGAGUUCUCACUGGACCAGCCAAAAGGAGGACUGCACUUUGUAGUACCUGAUGUGGAAGGAAGUAUGGCAGAAAGAGCAGCCCACGUCUUUUCCUUCGGCAACCAGAAUUCCACACGGUUCUGGUUUCCGUGUGUGGACUCAUUCUCAGAGCUGUGCACGUGGAAGCUGGAGUUCACUGUGGAUGCGUCUAUGGUGGCUGUGUCCUGUGGGGAUUUAGUGGAGACCGUCUACACUCACGACAUGCGCAAGAAAACCUUCCACUACAUGCUGCCCAUCCCUACUGCUGCCCCUAACAUCUCUCUGGCUGUAGGGCCCUUCGAGAUUCUUGUUGAUCCCUACAUGCAUGAGGUGACUCAUUUUUGCCUGCCUCAGCUUCUGCCCCUGUUGAAGCACACCAUGUCCUACCUGCAUGAGAUCUUUGAGUUCUACGAGGAGAUUCUUACCUGUCGCUACCCUUAUUCUUGCUUCAAGACUGUCUUUGUGGACGAGUCUUAUGUGCAGGUCUCAUCAUAUGCAUCCAUGAGUAUUUUUAGUACCAACCAUCUGCACAGUGGGAUGAUCAUAGAUCAAACUCCUCUGAGCAGACGCUUUCUGGCACAGGCUCUAGCCCAACAGUUCUUCGGCUGCUUCAUCUCUAGAAUGUCUUGGUCCGAUGAGUGGGUUUUAAAAGGAAUUUCAGGAUACAUUUAUGGCCUCUACCUGAAGAAAACCUUUGGAGUCAAUGAAUACCGUCACUGGAUCAAAGAGGAACUGGACAAGAUUGUGCAAUAUGAGCUGAAGAUGGGAGGCGUCUUGUUGCAUCCCACCUUCUCUGGAGGGAAAGAAAAAGACAACCCAACGCCUCACCUUUUCUUCUCUAUCAAACACCCUCAUACGCUGUCCUGGGAGUAUUUUAAGAUGUUCCAGUGCAAAGCUCACCUGGUGAUGCGGCUCAUUGAGAACAGGAUCAGUAUGGAGUUCAUGCUUCAGGUGUUUAACAAGCUCUUGAGUCUGGCCAGCACGGCAUCAUCCCAAAAAUAUCAGUCUCACAUGUGGAGCCAGAUGCUGGUGUCCACCUCUGGGUUCCUCAAAUCUAUCUCCAACGUGUCUGGGAAGGACAUCGGACCUCUCAUCAAGCAGUGGGUAGACCAGAGUUCGGUGGUCAAAUUUUUCGGCAGCUUUGCCUUCAACAGAAAAAGAAAUGUAUUGGAACUAGAGAUCCGUCAGGACUACACAUCAUCUGGCACUCAGAAAUACGUGGGCCCGAUUAAAGUGACAGUGCAGGAGCUGGAUGGCUCUUUUAAUCACACCUUGCAAAUAGAGGAGAACAGUCUAAAACAUGACAUUCCCUGCCACUCCAAAAGCAGAAGAAACAAGAAGAAGAAAAUCCCUCUGAUGAAUGGAGAAGAAGUUGACAUGGACUUAUCAGCAAUGGAUGCUGAUUCUCCUCUGCUGUGGAUCCGGAUCGAUCCAGAUAUGUCCAUCCUGCGGAAGGUGGAGUUUGAGCAGGCAGAUUUCAUGUGGCAGUAUCAGCUGCGCUAUGAGAGGGACGUGGUGGCCCAAGUGGAAGCCAUUUCAGCCCUGGAGAAAUUUCCAACGCCUGCUUCACGACUAGCUUUGACUGAUAUCCUGGAGCAGGACCAGUGCUUCUACAAAGUCCGCAUGCAGGCCUGCUUCUGUCUGGCAAAGAUUGCUAAUUCUAUGGUGAGCACGUGGACAGGACCGCCAGCCAUGAAAUCUCUCUUUACACGCAUGUUCUGCUGCCAAAGCUGCCCGAAUAUAGUCAAGACCAACAACUUCAUCAACUUUCAAAGCUACUAUCUCCAAAAGACUAUGCCUGUGGCCAUGGCUUUGCUCAGAGAUGUUCAGAACCUUUGUCCAAAAGAGGUGCUGCAUUUUAUACUGGACCUCAUUAAAUACAAUGACAACCGGAAGAACAAGUUUUCUGAUAAUUAUUAUCGUGCCGAGCUGAUCGAUGCCCUGACAAACUCACUGACUCCUGCCAUCAACAUUAAUAAUGAGGUGCGCACGGUGGACAACUUGAACGCAGAUGUUCGGCUCAUCUUGGAGGAAAUCACACGCUUCCUAAACAUGGAAAAACUUCUGCCGAGCUACCGAAAUGCCAUCACUGUCAGCUGCUUGCGGGCCAUUCGUAUGCUACAGAGGAACGGUCACAUUCCCAGUGACCCCAUUCUUUUCAAGUCCUACGCCCAGUACGGUCACUUUGUGGAUGUGAGGAUUGCAGCACUGGAGGCCGUAGUGGACUACACAAGAGUUGAUCGGAGCUCUGCUGAACUACAGUGGCUUCUGGAUCUGGUGCAGAAUGACCCCGUGCAUUACAUAAAGCAUAAGAUUCUCAGCAUGCUGGCCAAGAAUCCACCCUUCACUAAAGCUGCAGAGUCUUCAUUGUGCAAUGAAGCUUUAGUGGACCAACUGUGGAAAUUGAUGAACUCAGGUACGGCUCAUGACUGGCGCCUGCGCUGUGAUGCGGUGAAUCUGUACUAUGCUCUGUUUGGGCUGACCCGGCCCUCCUGUCUGCCGCUGCCUGAGCUGGGUCUCGUGCUAAACCUGAAGGAGAAGAAAGCUGUUCUCAACCCCAUCAUUAAAUCUGAUCAGGGCCCAGAGCUGGAAGAGGAGCAGCAUGUUGUCAUUGAGCCAGCGUUGAGCGGUGUUGCCAUGGCCCCAUUGAGUUUAAAGAGGAAGGCGGACACUCUGUUGGGUUCAUCCCCUGAACCUGGACAAAUUAUGCAGGAGGAGCCCUGUGCUAAAAUAACUGUGAAGACCAAAGAGGAGGAAGAUAUCGAUAUGGAAACAGUUCACGACAGCCAGGCGUUUAUAUAUCACCAUCUAAACAUGCUCGAGAGACCUUCAACUCCUGGUAAAGAGCCGUCUUCCGUGGAGCAGGCCAUUUUGUCCAUGCCAGGAACGCCCAUGCCCCUGAUGAGCAAAGAGAGCAUUUCCUCCAAACAUGGAGAUCAUCACCACCACCAUCAUCAUCACCACCAUGAGCACAAGAAGAAGAAGAAGAAACACAAGCACAAGCAUAAACACAAACACAAGCAUGAGAGUAAAGACAGAGAUUCUCACGCCUUCAGUAACAGUCCAGCCAGUGGACGCUCCAUUCGUUCACCCUCUCUGUCUGAUUAAAAACAAUUCACAACGCUUUUUAAAACAUUUUUUGGAUAGUUUUACUAAUUUUUUAUUUUUUACCUAAUAAACAGUGCUUCGUAGACUGGGUUGUAUUAUAUUACCAGAUUCAAAAGAUCAUUAGUGAAAAGUAUUUCACUUAAUGCUGUGAGCUAAAUUCAUUUGGUUAUCAAUUCAUCUUUUCUUGAAGAGCAGCUUUUGGACGCCCUAUAUGUACCCAACCCACCCCCUGGUCUGUAAUGACCUGACAUAUAGUAUAUAAGAAGGAUUUUUCCUGGUCUGUGGCCGUUGAACAGCCGGAAUACAGACUUAGAUUCUUUCACCACCUAGAACCACUGCGGUUAAUCCCACCACUGUCUGUCAAUGUAAAUAUCAACAUUCUACAUGUACUUUUAUAAGGGAACAUUUCAAAGCAUAAGCGCUACAGUAUAUUAACCUCUUGUAAUUUUCAAUGGUGCUUCAUAAGAAAUUAAAAACUGGUGGGUCAAUUGAAUCUGGUAAAAAAUUUUGGGUCAACACUGUUGCUUUGAUAAAGUACUGUAAUUUGAUCCGUAACUCAGUUUCACUUUUACAUCCCCCAGCCUGUGCUUUCAAUGUUUUAUUGUGGAGAAUCUAUAAUUCAGUAAUGCAGUUGUUACAAGCAAUAGCUUUCUUGUUUAAUAAUGUUUUUUAUAUAUAUAAACCCAUAAAAAGACUUGUUAAAAACGUU